AUGGAAGCCAUUCUUGAUAAACCAACUGAUGUAGAAUAUCUGGUGGAAAAAAGCAAUACCGAUGGAUUGAAGGCGUGGAUUGAGUACCUCCAAAUGACAGAACGGCGAAGUCCGACAUUUUUGAACCCAGCUAUCACAGAGGUAAUGGCUCACGGGGUACCGGAAAUCCUGGGCUUUAUUCAGGAUGAAUGGGAAGCUACGUUCACCGGCGCCGUCGGUACAGGAUCUUUGGAAACUAUCAAAUAUCUCUAUACCAGCGGUCGACUGGAUCUGAAUACGCGGACAAGUUCAGAGUACUGGCCCCAUGGUCCGCUACGGUUAGUCAUACAACAGGCCCCGAGGAGUAGAAGACUGGAAAUUUUGAGGUAUCUCCUCCAACAGGGGGCAGACCCAAAUGGACCGAAUUGGGCCAAAUGUACCCCGUUUGAAGACGCAGUGUUGGGGAGAGAUGUCAAAUCUGCGGAGGUCCUUUUGCAACACGGAGCAACUUUUGAAAUUGGAUGUGUGAAAAAGGCGCUCUUGUUCAGAGCCAGCUGGCGGCUCUUAUGGCCGAAGGACCAGGUUGUUUCUCCAUAUAAAAAAGGAGGCAAGAGCUAUGUUUUCUUUCGUGAUUCAAUAACGAUAGCCAACAUUGAGAAAGUGUUUCUUGGCCUGGCAUGGAGCGAUGAUGAAGUACAGGGGAUGCAGUGGAACUAUUUUAUCGACGUUGUCGGGGAUUUUUCUGGUUUUGUAAAGAAAUAG